UGGCAAGUGCCAUGCAAGUUGCAACCAAUAAAGAGUUGAUACCAGGUUGGGUUCCGUAGUGUAAUCUACUUAUCGGUAAUAACAACAAUAAAUUCGUGAAAAUUUGUCGUCAUUGGUUGCUUUGCUUACCUCACCUUUGAAUCUCAGCUCUCUGUAUCUGGUCACCACCAAGGACACUGCUAUAAGGCUCUAACAGUGUUUCCCUUUCUCUGUCCCUCUCAUUUCAUUUGCCUUGUGCGUUUAGUUGUUACAUUCCGAAGGGAAAGCUCUGAAGCUCAUUUCUUUAUUUACUCUCCUUUCUCGUCACAUUUGCUUCUUGUUUUAAAAUAGCUAAAAAGCAAACCCCUUUCUCUGAAAAUGUUUCUGAGGCUACCUGCCAUGAACAGGAGUUUGAACAGAGAGAAUCCAGAUAUUUUGAUUAUGAUGAUUGCAGGGAAACAGAUAAUAAGGGGUGUUGAGGAGGACAAAAGAGAUCAGAGAGAAAGAGAGAGAGAGGGAAAAGAUGGGCCCAGCAAAGCCUGCAACACAAAUGAGUGCCACUGCAGUGCACCAAACACUAAUGUCUUCCCUCUUCCCCUCUUUCACCUUUCCCUCUUAAUUUAUGCCAUUUUUAUUUUUCCAUUCAUUUUCAACACUCCCCCUUUUGUUUCUCUUUUUCCCUUGGACUUUAUACUCACUUUCUUCCUUUUGCUGCUUUUCUACUUCAACUUCUUGUCUUUAAUGUGCAAGACUAGAUAGGCAACAUUUUGUGUUUCUUAGUGUUAAGGAUUUGACAAAGAGGGUGGUGCAGGAUAUCUUGAUGGGGUCUAAGAAAAUAAAACUCGUGUUUUGGGGUUGGGAUGCUUGAAGGAAAAGAUGCUUCUGUUCAUGCAAAAGAAAUCAGCACAACUGCACAACUUUGGUGCUGGUCUUUCAUUUGGCAUGAUUAGGUUCUCAAAGGACAAAAUAUCUUGGGAAGGAGUUGUUUAAUGUCUCAUGUUUUAGUGGCUUCGCUUGCUUUGUUGGGUGAUGAAAAAUCUCAGGUCCAUUUUCCUUUUCUCUCUUCGGAUGACUAGACUCUAUUGAAGGAUCAUACCACUAUUGAAGUAAAGCUUUUCUGAAAGACCACUGCAAGAUCAAGAGCCUCUUGUUACAAUUUACUAAUUACUGCUUAUGCUGAUGGAGACUGAUAUGUACAUUGCUGGCCGAGAUGCUACAGUAACAGAUGAAAUUUCCCAACAUUCCACCUCAAAUCCUCUCAUUCAGUGCUAUUCACUUGACCUUAACAAUCAAACCAACAUCAUAAAUGGAAUUCCAAUGCUUUCUGGAGAGCAAGGUGAACUUAUAAGCAAUGUCCAUGCUGAUGUUUGCUUCAUUAAUCCUUCAAUUAUUGCCAACUCUAGUCCAUUAGUUGCCUCACAAGGAAAGACUAUUGUGGCAGAUGCUUCAAAUCCCAUGGAGAACAGUGAGCUUCAAGAGAAUUUAGUUGGAGGAAUGCCAAUUACUCCCUCUUCCCUUGCUGCCAUUCUCGCUGCUAGAAUUGGUCUUGAAGAAAAUUUAGAGAACUCAGAAGCCUUGCCUCCCGCACUCUGCUCAAUGGGGCCACUGGCGCCAUUCUUCAACAUUUUGCAUGGUUCUUCAAACCCUUUGGCUGCAGCUUUUGAGGACUGUGGUUACAAUGAAGUCCCUAGCAAGUGGAAUGCUAACAAGUUUCCUAAGACUCCAGAGAUUGAUGCAACUGUGUGUCAGCCUUAUUCUUCAAUAGUAGGAAACCUGGAUCCAGAUGAAUGGCCAUUAUCAAAUGUUGCAAACAUGUCCAAUCAUGCUUACCAUUCCUCUAACUUUAGCAAGGAACUUUCUCUAAGUCUUGCAUCGUCUACAACCGCAGGACAGUGCUCAGAGGUGAGUUGCUCUAAUGUGACCCCAUGCAUGAAUGGAACCAUGUCAGGCUUGGAACAAGCCUCAUGCAGCAGCAGUAGGGAGCUUUCUAUGAAUUUGGGUGGUAAUAAAUAUGUACAGUUUUCACCAGAAGUACUGGAGUCAAGAUACCUUGUUGGGAUUCAAGAAAUACUUGCUCAAAUUGCAAGAUAUUCAUUUGAAAAUUUAGAACAGUUAAAUUAUUCAGCUGCUGCUAAUAGAUCAGGUGGGAACAAGUCAACUUCAGCUUUCCCACUCAAGAGAAGGAUACUGAUAGAUCACAAUGCAAAUUCCGUGUAUGAAACUCAUGCAGAGUCUCCAUUACAAAGGCAUGCCACUGAAUCAAAGAAAGCCCAAUUGCUGACACUUCUACAACUGGUGGACAAUCGAUAUAGCCAGUGUUUGGAUGAGAUACACACUGUUGUAUCGGCAUUCCAUGCCGCUACAGAGCUGGACCCGCAAAUACAUUCACAUUUUGCUCUUCAGACCAUCUCUAUCCUUUACAGGGACUUAAGAGAGAGGAUUAGCAAUUAUAUUCUUGCCAUGGGAUCAAGUUUCGACAACUCUUUCUCAGAAGAGAAUGAAUGGUCUGUUGAAACUUCAUUCCUUCAAAAGCAAUGGGCACUCCAGCAGUUGAAAAGAAAAGAUCAGUUGUGGAGGCCCCAAAGAGGCUUGCCAGAAAGAUCUGUCUCAGUUCUACGGGCUUGGAUGUUUCAGAAUUUCCUUCAUCCGUAUCCUAAAGAUGCAGAGAAGCAUUUGCUUGCAGUAAAAAGUGGGUUGACAAGAAGCCAGGUAUCGAAUUGGUUUAUAAAUGCUCGUGUUCGGCUGUGGAAACCUAUGAUUGAAGAGAUGUAUGCUGAGAUGAAUAAAAGAAAGGCUUGUCGGAAUGAAGAAGGAUUGCAGAGCAGCCACGGAAACAGGAUAAGCAUCAGUAAUCAAAGGUUUAAUGUAAACUAAAGGAACAAAAAUGGACCAUUUUCUUAAUUUAAAUACAAAACAGCACAACUGAAGUCAAUUUCCGCGUGGUUUUGGGUCUAUUACUAAUGAUGAUAUCCAUGACUCGCCUUGAGAAAAUAGAAUGCG